ACAUUGCCAUUUGCCGGGAUAAAAAUAGACAAGUGUCCAACUCCAAGAAACAACGUUGAUAUAAACAGAGUCGAAAUUGGAUCCCGCGCUGGUGGAUUUCCCAAAAUGACCUCAUCCCCGCCUCAGCCACUUUCCGACUCCGAUUCCGACGGCGGCGGCCCCUCCACCUCUCAGGCCCUCCGCCACACUGACCUCUCCGACUCCAUCUUCAAAUCCUACUUCGAUUUCUCCGGCCACUCCUCCACCACCGCCACCACCGCCGACCUCUCCAAGAUCCGCUCCUUCCUCACCUCCUCCUCCUCCGGCGCCCUCUCCUGCCUCAUCUGCCUCGAACGCAUCAAGCCCUCCGACCCCACAUGGUCCUGCACCUCCCUCUGCUACGCCGUCUUCCACCUCUUCUGCAUCCAGAGCUGGGCUCGCCAGGCCUCCGACCUCUCCGCCUUACGCGCCGCCACACGCCUCCCCAUCUCCGCCGAUCAGGCCUCCCAGUCCGCCCUCUGGAACUGCCCCAAAUGCAGAGGCGAGUUCUCCAAGACCCAAAUCCCCAAAACCUACCUCUGCUUCUGCGGGAAAUUGGAGAACCCUCCCAGUGACGAUCCAUGGGUUUUGCCACAUUCCUGCGGCGACGUUUGCCAGAGGCCAUUGAAGCACAAUUGCGGGCACCACUGUUUGCUCCUCUGCCACCCUGGGCCCUGCCCGUCCUGCCCGCAACUCGUUAAAGCUCGAUGCUUCUGUGGAUCACACCAAGACGUUCGAAGAUGCGGGUUCAAGGAGUUUUCCUGUGAAAAUCCUUGUUCCAAGUUGUUCGAUUGUGGGGUUCACAGGUGCGUUGAGGUUUGCCACCGUGGUCCUUGCCCGCCUUGCCGGAUUCGCGCCGUGUGUAGCUGCCAAUGUAGGAAGGUGAGAGAGGAGAGGGAGUGCUGUGAUCGUGUUUUUCGAUGCGGCGAGCCGUGUGAGAAGAAGCUCACGUGUGGGAAGCAUGUUUGUGAGAAGGGGUGUCAUUCUGGGGAGUGUGGUGAGUGUCCAUUGCAGGGGAAGAGAACAUGCCCUUGUGGGAAGAGGGUGUAUGAGGGAAUGCCUUGUGAUUCUCCUGUGCAGGUGUGUGGGGCCACCUGUGAGAAGAUGUUGCCCUGCGGCUAUCAUAGGUGCCCCGAGAGAUGCCAUCGCGGGCAGUGCGUUGAGAAUUGCAGGAUUGUUGUGAGGAAGUCGUGUCGCUGUGGGAGCCUCAAGAAAGAUGUUCCUUGCUAUCAAGAUUUGACAUGUGAUAGGAAGUGUCAGACGGUGCGUGAUUGUGGUAGGCAUGCGUGUAAACGUCGCUGCUGUGAUGGGGAUUGCCCUCCCUGUGCAGAGAUAUGUGGCAGGAGGCUUCGAUGUAAGAACCAUAAGUGCCCUUCUCCAUGCCAUAGAGGUGCCUGUGCUCCUUGUCCAAUAAUGGUGACAAUUUCGUGUGCAUGUGGGGAGACACAAUUUGAGGUUCCUUGUGGUACUGAAAUGGAUCAAAAGCCACCUAAAUGUCCUAAACGAUGUCCUAUUACGCCUUUAUGCCGGCAUGCAUUAAACGUCAAGCCACACAAAUGCCAUUAUGGAGCCUGCCCUCCUUGUCGGCUACCUUGUGGAGAAGAGUACCAAUGUGGCCAUGCAUGCAAAUUAAGGUGCCAUGGUGCUAAGCCUCCUCCUACUCCAGAAUUUACUCUUAAACCAAAGAAAAAGAAGAUUAUACAACAAAGCGAAAGUAUUCCUGGCACUCCAUGCCCUCCUUGCCCAGAACUUGUGUGGAGACCAUGUGUCGGGCAACACAUUGGAGCAGAGAGAAUGAUGGUCUGCUCUCAUAAAUCACAGUUCUCCUGUGAAAACUUAUGUGGUAAUCCUCUACGAUGUGGUAAUCAUUAUUGUACUAAAACCUGCCAUGCCUUGGAGAAUAAAUCUUCCAUGAACCAGUUACUGAGAGGCGAGCCUUGUGAAGAUUGUUCUCUUUCUUGCCAAAAGGAAAGAGAGCCUACAUGUCCACAUCACUGCCCUCGGCGAUGCCAUCCUGGAGACUGUCCUCCAUGCAAGGUUCUCAUUAAACGGUCAUGUCACUGUGGCGCAAUGGUCCAUGUUUUUGAGUGCAUAUAUUACAACAGCUUGUCUGCAAAAGAUCAAGUGACUGUUCGUUCAUGUGGUGGGCCAUGUCAUAGAAAGUUGCCAAAUUGUACACAUCUAUGCCCAGAGACAUGUCAUCCUGGUCAAUGCCCAAAUCCUGAGAAAUGCUGUAAAAAGGUCACUGUUCGUUGCAAAUGCCAUACAUUGAAAAAGGAGUGGCUUUGUCAAGAUGUUCAAGCAGCUCAUCAUCGCGCUGGUUGCAAUCCAAUGGAUAUAGCAAAAAAUCAAUUUGGAAUUGGACUUAUUCCUUGCAAUUCUGAUUGUAAGAGUAAAGUGCAAAUUGUUGAGUCAGAAUUACAAUUGCGUAAAUCUAGAGUUACAGAGGUAAAGGAGCCAGAUAAUGAAAAACCAGUUCCGAAGCGACGAAAAAAGCGUGACCGGGUUAUAGAACCCAAGGAAACAACAAAACUACAGAAAAUUAUUUCCAGAACAAAGCAGCUUCUUCUAUUGAUCUUUAUUUUGGUGAUACUUGUUGCUGCUGCAUAUUAUGGGUACAAGGGACUUUUACGGCUCAAUGAUUGGAUGAAUGAAGUUGAUGAAAAAAGGCAGAGAUAUUCCCGAAUCAAAUGAUUAUUUAUCAGUUUGGUUAGCGCUGUUGAUUUUUCCUCACACUUGAGGAUAUACUAUAGUGCAUCAAGUUCCAAUAUAUUUUGAAUGCUUGAAUCACCUGAUGCUUGCCAUGCAUUCUUUUUCCAUAAGACAAAUAAUCACUCGGAACACAUUUAGACAUGUUCAGAGUUUUUCCAAAUGAGGGUGUUUUUUUCUCCAAUUGAUUUGGAUAUCCAAUUUUGUUACUAUAAGAUGUAGCUAUUGUAUACUAUAAACUGAGAUCAUCCUGGUAACAUUUAUUAUGGUGGGUUGGUCAUGAAGCAACAUUAAAACAUUUCCAUUGUCAAUUGAUUGGGUUGUGUAAUGACUGUAACCCUCUCCACUAGAGUGGUACCAUAUUAUUUUUUUGGAAAUAACAAAUUGCAAUGACUGCAAUAAUUUACGGUAAA